AUGAAACGACAAAGCACAAUAGAAUUGGCAAGUAUCCAUGAAAGUGAUGAAUCGAUUGAUGGAUUGAGGAACAUACUGGAACAUACCGACACAACCCCAUUUGCCAGUCAGACAUCUACUCCGACUACCUGGGCAUGUCCACCCAGAUUUGAGAGAAUGACAAGUCAGAUGACGUGCCCAAUUAUUACAGAAGAAUCGUCAGGGAAUGGAUACGGUGCCGAACCCGAUCGUCCACUGAGUCGGUGUCUUUCGGAGAUCCGUCCGACGGCUCCACCGCCGUUCCCUCACCACCAUCCGACGCGUCGUUUCUCAUCAAUCUUCAGAAGACCUUCUCAUAGGCAUACUGUAGAUCGUCGGGCGUCUUGCGAUUUCACAUCUGCCUGGUUGAAAACUUCGAAUUUUGAUUUGCGAGAAGCGGGAAGAGAGGAGCCACAGGAACCGCCGGAGGCUGAAACCAUGGGAAUACCAACACAAAACGAGGCACUGGACCACGUACGCUUCUCGGAUCAUCCUAUCGAACGACCUGUUCAACUUACUCGAAUCGAUUCGAACUAUUCGAUAAGCGAAAACGACAGUGAGAAUGGAUCAACAGCCGGCGACAUUGACAAGACGCCCGAAUCGGCAGAGACUACCUGGAUGAGGGAUAAAAAAGCAAAGUGA